AAAAAAGAGAGAAUGCGUGCCCUGGGGCUCCGGUUUUUGGACCUUUGGGUGAACCUGCUCGUAUUUUCCUUUGCCAUUGGCUUUCAUCAUCAUUCCAUCCCUUCGUUCCAGUUUCCCAUUCCAGUUUAGGUUGCUCCUCUUUUUAUCUUGCUUUCCGUCGCCCNCCCCCCCCCCCCCCCGUUUCGUUCCUUUCUUUAUCCACCGUCGAAUCGAUUCAGCGUAUCGAUUGUUCGUCAUUCCCAAAACGCCGCCGGUCGCUAUCCACCAGAUAAAGCAGUUUCAUUUUCAAAAUAGAAACAAGAUUAAGAUACCGUUCGUUUUCUCGAGAUUCGCCAGUUCGGUCGUUCCGUGACACCAAAAGAUUUCGUGAACUCAAAAAAAUUCGAUUCAGCUUUAUACCAUCCCGUCCGAACAGGUCUUCGGCUGCCAUCCCAUCUCUACUCACGCCGCCUACCUUGCGUGAUCCAACCCAAAAUUCUUCGAAUAAAACACACAAAAAAAAAGAUGCAGUUCCGAACUCUUCUCGUCUCAUUCUUCGUGGCUGCCGCCGUCGCCCAGACACGUACCUCUGGUAGUGCGGCGCCCUCGGACACAUCAAGCUCGUCCGCCAACCUGGUAUCAUCCGUCGAAGACCUGCCUAAAUGCGCCCUCAACUGCCUCAAGUCGGCCGCCUCGAGCAUCAACUGCGACCCCGCCAACUUCAAGUGUCUGUGCAGCAACACACAGGACCUGAUUGCCUCCAUCGGCCCUUGCGCCCUGAGCGCUUGUAACACGGGCGACGUGAGCAAGCUCACCGAGGUGGCAACCAAGGUUUGCCAGGAGAUCAAAUCCAACCCUCCCGCGGCCGAGAUUGCCUCUGCCUCAAGCAUCGUGGCAGCGGCUAUCGCCACCGCGAACAGCACCAGCAGCAGCGGUGGCGCCUCGUCAACAUCCGCUCAGGGAGCUGCGGCAAAGAGGACGGAUACUCCUGUUUAUGCUGUCAUGGGCGGUGCUGCAGCCGCGUGGGCCGCUUACGCAAUGUAAAUACCAGACAUGAUCCUUUAGAAUAUGUUAUUCGGGUUGCGCUAUUAGACUUGGUACAUGGUUUCUCUUCACUGUCUCUUGUUACUACCUCUUUUUUUUUUUUUUUUUUUCUUUUUUGU